AUGGCAUUCUUGAAUAAAAAGAAUAUUAUAAAUCUAUUGAAAAAACUAUUUAAACAUUACAACGAAUUAAAAAAAGAUAAAUAAAUUAAGACAAGAAUUGUUAUUAAUAUCUCAUUUUUAUAAUUUUUUAGAACAUCAUUAUAAAUAGGCUGAAAAAUAUGUUGAAAUAGCUAUUACGUAUGAUAGAGAUAAUUUUAAAGUUUUCUUUAGUAGAGAAAAUUUCUUUAUGUUAAAAAUGAAUACUUAAUUGCAAAAGAAUAAUAUAUAGAAGCUGGUGUUGAAGGCACUUAUAAUUUGAUUUAUGUCAAUAGAAAAUUGAAUAUGUUUCUUGAAUCUUUAUAAAAAUUAGAUAAACUAUAAACGAUUUUUGUAUACCUAAUGUUUUUAUAUUAAAGGCUACAUUAUAUAAGGACUCUCUUCAAAUAAUCCAAAUGUCUUGGCUAGAUUAGGUUCGUUAUUAGCAAGAGUAUUAUUAUUUAAAAAAUAAUUAAAUAAGAAGUUGAUGAGCCAGCUGCAUAAAUUUACUUCAAGGUAUUUACUUAUUUUUACAAUUAUUAUAGUUAAGGAAAUGAAUAACCAUCUCCAAAAACCUAUUUUAAAUAUAAUCUAGUUUCAAGAUUAAAUUAUCCUAUAAUUUAAAAUUUAAAUUAUUGAAUAUAUCAAUAUAAUUAAAUAGAUUUAUUUAAGUAAUUUAGCAAUUCUUUAUUAAAUAGUCUUUCCAGAAAAUUUAAAGAAUUACAAUUACAAUCAGAUGAAUUUGUAUUUAAAUCAAAUAGUAGUGCUCAUAUAUUAUACAUUUUAGUAAAUGAAUAAUUAGAUUUACCCUUAAUCAUAAAAAAAAGAAUGA